CCAUUUUCCACGCCACGGUGUGAUUGCUGAACACUCGGGACUCACUCAGAACAAAGGCCAGACCAGAUCUGUGAGCCGCAACCCCAUGACGAUGACAACCAAACAACAACGCAACAGCUCAAAGCUCAAAGCGUUUAGCGAGGAUAGAAUGCAAUAGAGACCCUGCGGUAGUCUUGAGCUUUGAAUGAAAUUUCAUACUAGGACACGACAACUUACUUACUAGCUUAGUCUGAUUGUGCCAAAGUCUGUGGGGCGUUUUGAGAAAGGUCUUCAAACCACCAGAGGAUAGAAGUGUCUGUUUCGAGGACAGCCCAUUGAUCCGUUCCGUCUCUUGGUCAGUGCCGUUGUGAAUGUUGUGAGAUCUGUACAAGUGAUCAGCAAAGAAGUCAAAGAUCCUCUGAUCUAGGACUGGUAGUUUGGCUAAACUUGACUUGACUUGGCUUGAAGCUCCAGGGAAAGAUCCAAAUCAUCUCAAUCUAAGCGUGGGAAAGAAGAGAAGAGCUUUUGACCAUGUCGGAUCCACCCCCGCCGCCCCCACCACCGCCAGGCAUGCCGCCACUGCCAUCAGGCAUGCCGCCACCGCCAGGAAUGGCUCCUCCUGGAAUGCCGCCGCCACCCGGCAUGGGGCCUCCGCCAGGGAUGGGCCCUCCUCCUGGCAUGGGACAAAGCAUGCAAGGACCGCCGCCUGGUAUGCCACCGCCUGGUAUGAGACCUCCAGGAAUGCCACCGCCCGGCUAUGGACAUCCGCCCGGAAUGCAUCACUAUCCAGUUCCGCCGCCUGGCAUGCCACCCCCCGGCAUGGGAAUGCCUCCGCCAGGAAUGCACUAUCCAGCCCCCGCAGGAGCCGAUGCACUGCCUCCGCCUCCCGGCAUGAUUCCGCCACCCCCCGGAAUGAUGCCUCCAGGAUUACAACAGCAAACAUUACCAGGAGACGCUCCGGUCAACGCCAGACAACCCAUUACCAUGGAAGAAAAAUCCAAACGAUGGGCGAGAUUGCAGUCCAAACGAUAUGCGCACAAAAAGAUGCAAACCUUUUCGGCUCCGCAAAAGGAAAAGUUACCCGCCGAUUUCUUACGCAAGAUUCUACAAGAUCACGGAGACAUGUCCUCCAAACGCUAUCAGAGUGAAAAACGGCUCUACUUGGGCGCUCUCAAAUACGUCCCGCAUGCUCUCUACAAGUUACUCGAAAAUAUCCCCAUGCCCUGGGAAGGCUACAAGGAAGUACCGGUGUUGUUUCACAUGACGGGAGCCAUUUCCUUUGUCGAUCACGUUCCCACUGUGAUUGAACCCAUUUAUCGUGCUCAAUGGGGAACCGCGUGGCUCUUGAUGCGACGCGAAAAACGCGAUCGACGACAUUUCAAACGCAUUCGAUUCCCGCCGUUUGAUGACGAAGAACCCCCUCUGGAUUAUGCCGAUCAUUUGCUCAAUGUCGAACCGGGAGAACCCGUUCAGUUGGAUAUGGACGAAGAUCCACAGUACGAAUUACUGGCGGAUUGGUUUUACGACACGGAACCACUGGCCGAUGUCAAAUCGUAUCGCGACACGCCAUUGGCGGAACAUGUUCAUGUCAAUGGACCCAGUUAUAAAACGUGGCGAUUGAGUACUCCCAUUAUGGCGCAAUUGUAUCAAUUGGCAGAACCCUUGUUGAAUACUGUGCCCGAUCAAAAUGUCCGACAUUUGUUUGACUUGCCACACUUUUUGACUGCCAAGGCACUCAAUGUGGCCAUUCCCGGUGGACCUAAAUUUGAACCGCUGUUUCGAGAUGUCGAAGAAGAUGAAGAUUGGAAUGAUUUCAAUGAUGUUACCAAAAUUAUCAUUCGACAGCCCAUUCGGAGUGAAUAUCGCAUUGCCUUUCCGCACGUGUACAAUUCGCGGCCGCGCAAGGUACUCAUGGCACCCUAUCAUCAUGUCCCGUCGUCCUUUGUCGGAACGGGGGAUGAUGAUGACAAUAUGGAUGAUGACGAAGAUGUUCUUUGUUGGGACGCUUAUCCGUCUCAGUUGUCUCCCAUUUUGAGGUACAACAAUUCUCGCAGUGGACGAUCGAGUAAUAGUGGUCCCAGGGAUGAGUUUGAACAAGACGAAUUCUUUUUGCCAUUAGUGGGAGACACAGGAGACGAUGACGGCGAUGACGAGGAUAAUGUGUGGAAUCAAUAUCCCGAUAGUCGGGAUAUCCACCAUGCCUAUUGGGAUCCUGACGAUGAGGAAGUGUUGGCGGCAGACACGUUGGUUCCGAUUUUGGACGAAGCGCCGUUGGCAUUACCCACGACUGCUGGAGGUGUCGCCCUUUACUGGGCGCCACAUCCAUUCAACAUGAGAGCAGGUCGAACUCGCCGCGUCAUUGACGUGCCUCUGAUCAACCACUGGUUCCGUGACCGUGUGUCGCGUGAUUUGAAGUAUCCCACCAAGGUCCGCGUGUCCUAUCAAAAGCUUUUGAAGGCGUGGGUGACGAAUCAGUUGCAUGCCAAACCGGCCAAACCCAAGACCAAGCGUGCUCUGCUCAAGUCGCUCAAGAGCACCAAGUUCUUUCAAUGUACUGAUUUGGAUUGGGUAGAAUGUGGACUGCAGAUCUGUCGUCAGGGUCACAACGUUCUGAAUCUAUUGAUUCAUCGCAAGAGGCUCAAGUACUUGCAUUUGGACUACAACUUUAACCUCAAGCCCACCAAGACACUCACCACCAAGGAGCGUAAAAAGUCGCGAUUCGGUAAUGCGUUUCACUUGGUGCGAGAGAUUCUGAGGCUGACCAAGUUGGUCGUUGAUGCGCAUGUCCAAUACCGACUGUCCAAUAUCGAUGCCUACCAGCUGGCGGAUGGUUUGCAGUAUGCCUUUAACCAUGUAGGACAGCUGACGGGAAUGUACAGGUACAAGUACCGUCUCAUGAGACAGAUCCGAACGUGCAAGGAUUUGAAGCACUUGAUAUACUACCGCUUCAACACUGGUCCUGUGGGUAAGGGUCCUGGUGUCGGGUUCUGGGCGCCCAGUUGGCGUGUUUGGAUGUUCUUCCUCAGGGGAAUUGUCCCCCUUUUGGAGCGGUGGCUGGGAAAUUUGUUAGCGCGUCAAUUUGAAGGCCGACACUCUAAAUCAUUUGCCAAGAAUGUUACCAAGCAACGUGUCGAGUCUCACUUUGACUUGGAGCUGCGAGCAUCUGUUAUGCACGAUAUCCUGGACAUGAUGCCCGCCGGAGUGAAGCAGAACAAGUCGCGAGUUAUCAUGAGUCAUCUGAGUGAAGCGUUUCGCUGUUGGAAGGCAAACAUUCCUUGGAAGGUGCCGGGGAUGCCCGCGCCAAUCGAGAACAUGAUUCUCCGAUAUGUCAAGUCUAAGGCGGAUUGGUGGACGAAUAUUGCUCACUACAACCGUGAGCGAAUCAAGCGGGGAGGCACGGUGGACAAGACCGUUGUCAAGAAAAAUCUUGGACGUCUGACGCGGCUUUGGUUGAAAGCUGAACAGGAGCGUCAACACAACUAUUUGAAAGAUGGUCCGUACGUGUCGGCAGAGGAGGCUGUUGCCAUUUACACAACAACAGUGCAUUGGCUGGAAUCCAGAAAGUUCUCGCCGAUACCCUUCCCACCGCUUUCGUACAAACACGACACCAAGCUUCUGAUCCUGGCAUUGGAAAGGCUCAAGGAGAAUUAUGGACUCCAAAUCCGGCUCAACAGCGCGGCCAGGGAAGAAUUGGCGCUCAUUGAGCAGGCCUACGACAACCCGCACGAGGCUCUGAGCCGAAUCAAACGUCAUCUACUGACUCAGAGGACGUUCAAGGAAGUGGAGAUUGAAUUUAUGGAUAUGUACGAGUACUUGUCGCCAGUUUACACCAUUGAGCCUCUGGAAAAGAUCACUGACGCCUACCUGGACCAGUACUUGUGGUACGAAGCAGACAAACGCCAUCUUUUCCCGAACUGGAUCAAGCCAGCCGACUCAGAGCCUCCACCGCUUUUGGUGUACAAGUGGUGUCAGGGCAUCAACAACCUGGAGAACGUUUGGGAUGCUGAUGACAAUGGCGACAGCGUUGUGUUGCUCCAGUCAAAAUUCGAGAAGUUCUACGAGAAGAUCGACCUGACCUUGCUGAAUCGGCUUCUGCGUCUGGUUGUGGACCACAAUAUUGCAGACUACAUGACCGCCAAGAACAACGUCAGCAUCUCGUUCAAGGACAUGAUGCACACGAACAGUUACGGGUUGAUUCGCGGCUUGCAGUUUGGUUCCUUCAUCGUCCAGUACUAUGGACUUGUUCUCGACCUGCUAGUUCUUGGAUUGACAAGGGCCAGCGAGAUUGCAGGCCUUCCUCAGCGUCCUAACGAGUAUCUCACCUUCGCAGAUAUCGAGACUGAGAUUUGCCACCCGAUCCGCCUCUACACGCGCUACUUGGACAAGAUCUACAUGCUGUUCAAGUUUGAUGCCAACGAUAGCAAGGAUCUGAUUCAGCGCUUUCUAAUCGAGCACCCUGACCCAAACAACGAGAACGCCGUCGGGUACCGAAACAAGAAAUGCUGGCCUCGCGAUUGCAGGAUGAGGCUCUUGAAGAGGGAUGUCAACCUGGGACGUGCUGUCUUUUGGGACAUGAAGAAUCGACUUCCCCGCAGUGUCACUACCCUUGACUGGGACAACUCCUUUGUGAGUGUAUACGGCGCUGACAAUCCGAACCUUCUCUUCGACAUGAACGGAUUUGAAGUCAGAAUCAAGCCAAUCAGGGCCGCUAAAAGCGACGCAUUUGGAGACCAAGGAGCCUCAACAACCUACAAAGAUGGCGUCUGGAAUUUGCAGAACGAGACAACCAAAGAAAUGACUGCCCAGGCGCAUCUCCGUGUAGAAGAAGAGGCAGUUCGAGCCUUUGACAACCGCAUCCGGCAGAUUCUGAUGAGCAGCGGUGCCACAACCUUCACCAAGAUUGCCAACAAAUGGAACACCGCUUUGAUCGGGUUGAUGACGUACUAUCGCGAAGCAGUGCUCAACACUCAGGAACUGCUUGAUCUACUUGUGAAGAACGAGAACAAGAUUCAGACCCGAAUCAAAAUUGGGCUGAACAGUAAGAUGCCUAGUCGCUUCCCUCCUGUGGUGUUCUACUGCCCCAAGGAGCUCGGGGGAUUGGGAAUGUUGUCGAUGGGACACGUCCUUAUUCCACAGAGCGACCUGAGAUACAGCAAGCAGACAGAAAUGGGAGUGACGCAUUUCCGCUCCGGUCUGAGCCACGAUGCUGAUCAGUUGAUUCCAAAUCUGUUCCGUUAUCUCCAGCCAUGGGAAAGUGAGUUCGUCGAUUCGCAGCGUGUUUGGGCUGAGUAUGCUCUGAAGCGUCAGGAGGCCAAUGCCCAGAAUCGACGCUUGACACUGGAAGAUCUUGAAGAUUCUUGGGACCGAGGAAUCCCUCGAAUCAACACUCUCUUUAGCAAGGAUCGACACACUUUGGCCUACGAUCGUGGUUGGAGGCUUCGGACUGAAUUCAAAAUGUACCAAGUUCUUCGAGUCAAUCCUUUCUGGUGGACCCACCAACGUCAUGAUGGAAAGCUGUGGAACUUGAACGCUUACCGUACGGAUAUGAUUCAGUCUUUGGGAGGAGUCGAAGGUAUUUUGGAGCACAGUCUCUUCAAGGGUACCUACUUCCCUACGUGGGAAGGUUUGUUCUGGGAGAAGGCGUCUGGUUUCGAAGAGAGCAUGAAAUUCAAAAAACUGACGAACGCGCAGAGGUCAGGUUUGACACAGAUCCCGAAUCGUCGCUUCACGCUUUGGUGGUCUCCUACGAUCAAUCGAGCGAAUGUCUACGUUGGAUUCCAGGUCCAGUUGGAUUUGACGGGGAUUUUCAUGCACGGCAAGAUCCCGACACUGAAGAUCUCGUUGAUCCAGAUCUUCCGGGCUCACUUGUGGCAAAAGAUUCACGAGAGUAUUGUCAUGGAUAUUGUACAAGUCUUCGAUCAGGAGCUUGAUGCGCUCGAAAUUGAGAGUGUGCAGAAAGAGACGAUCCAUCCCCGCAAGUCGUACAAGAUGAACAGCAGCUGCGCUGACCUGGUCCUUUUUGCUGCCUACAAAUGGCCCGUCUCAAAGCCAAGCCUGCUCCACGACACGAAGGAUAACUACGACGGCACCACGUCCAACAAAUAUUGGUUGGACAUCCAGCUACGAUGGGGCGACUUCGAUUCCCACGAUAUUGAACGUUAUUCUCGUGCCAAGUUUCUGGACUACACCACCGACAACAUGAGCAUCUAUCCCUCGCCGACUGGGUGUCUUUUGUCGCUGGAUCUCGCGUAUUCUCUCUACAGUGGUUUUGGGAACUAUAUUCCGGGUGGCAAGCCGCUUCUACAGCAGGCAAUGGCCAAGAUCAUGAAGGCGAACCCUGCGUUGUAUGUACUGCGUGAGCGUAUUCGAAAGGGCUUGCAACUCUAUUCUAGUGAACCGACGGAGCCCUACUUGAGUUCGCAGAACUAUGGAGAGUUGUUCAGUAACCAAGUGAUCUGGUUUGUGGACGACACAAACGUGUACCGUGUGACAAUUCACAAGACGUUCGAGGGUAACUUGACGACCAAGCCUAUCAAUGGCGCCAUCUUCAUUUUCAAUCCGCGCACGGGUCAGUUGUUCCUUAAGAUUAUCCACACGUCCGUGUGGGCAGGGCAGAAGCGUCUGUCUCAGUUGGCAAAGUGGAAGACAGCCGAGGAAGUCGCCGCUCUUAUCCGUUCUCUGCCCAUCGAGGAGCAGCCUAAACAGAUCAUUGUGACUCGAAAGGGUAUGCUGGAUCCGUUGGAGGUCCAUUGUUUGGAUUUCCCCAACAUUGUUCUCAAGGGUUCGGAGCUCCAACUUCCCUUCCAAGCAGCGCUCAAGGUGGAGAAGUUUGGUGACUUGAUUCUCCGAGCUACAGAGCCACAGAUGGUGUUGUUCAACAUCUACGACGAUUGGCUGAAGACCAUCUCUUCAUACACGGCAUUUUCACGUCUGAUUUUGAUUCUUCGCGGCUUGCAUGUAAAUGUCGACAAAGUGAAACAAAUCCUGCGCCCAGACAAGAGCGUCGUGACUGAACCCCAUCACGUGUGGCCGAGCCUCACCGACGAGCAGUGGAUCAAGGUGGAAGUUGCUUUGAAGGAUCUCAUCCUUGCGGACUACGGCAAGAAGAACAACGUCAAUGUAUCCAGUUUGACGCAAAGCGAGAUCCGUGAUAUCAUUUUGGGUAUGGAAAUUGCCCCUCCUUCUGUGCAACGACAACAAAUCGCUGAAAUUGAAGCGCAAGCUCGAGAACAAUCCCAGAUGACUGCUACCACCACCAAAACCACCAAUGCUCACGGAGAGCAGAUUGUGGUGACCACGACGACUCAAUACGAAGCCGCGACAUUUCACAGCAAGACAGAUUGGCGUGUCCGCGCAAUCAGUGCCACCAAUCUGCAUCUCCGAACCAAGCACAUUUACGUGUCCUCGGAGGACAUUUCGGAGGAAGGGUUGACGUAUGUGCUGCCAAAGAACAUCUUGUCCAAAUUUAUUACCAUUGCCGACCUUCGUACUCAGAUUGCUGGAUACUUGUAUGGCGUGAUUCCACCCGACAAUGAUCAAGUCCGUGAGGUGCGCUGCAUCGUCAUGGUGCCACAGAUUGGCAACCACCAGAGUGUGACACUGCCCAAGAAACUUCCCGAGGACGAAAUGCUGAAGGACAUGGUUCCCUUGGGUUGGAUGCACACACAACCGAAUGAAUUGAUCCAGAAUGGAGUGCAAAUCUUGCCCGCUUCUGACGUCGUAACGCACGCAUCGAUUAUUGCCGACAACGACGGUGCAUGGAACGGCCAAGAUGAGAUUGUCAUCACAACCUCGUUCACGCAAGGUUCGUGUUCUCUGACGGCGUACAAGGUGACAGAAUCAGGUUUGGGGUGGGGCAAAAAGAGUCGUAACAUUGCCGGUGGCGUGGCCAAUGCGCAAGAUUACUCGUCGAGUUGCUUUGAAAAGGUUCAGAUGCUUUUGAGUGACCGCUUCAAGGGCUUCUUCAUGGUCCCUCGUGGAGACUUGGGUUGGAAUUACAAUUUCCAGGGUGUCAAGCACAGUGUUGGCAUGGACUAUUCUUUGAAGUUGGAUGUUCCCGACCGUUUCUAUGCCGAGUGUCACCGUCCUCACCACUUUUUGACGUUCGUACAAAUGGAAGAAGGCGAUGACAACGACGGCGCUGAUUUGGAUGAUUUUUUGGAUUAAUUCUAAUGCAUAGUUUUUUAAAUGGAUGUGUUGCGCCAGGAUUGAAUAAUACAUAAGACGCAUUCAAAUUUCUUCGGACUGUACUUGGUUUGCAUGCGCCGAGAAACAAUGAUUCGAUCGUCUUCAAUCCUCUUUCGUGUGCGCGUUUACUUUGUAACCAAACUUACACGUACUGUCUUUGCUUUUGGUGGGGAAUCGUCGCUAGCUAGUAGCCAACGUAGCUAGCGUAGGUUGAUCUGAAGCUCAUCUGAUCUGAACUCUAGUACGACCCAGCGAUAGUCUUAUCGUUGGUUGCCAGCACAUCAAACACACAGUCAACGUGGGCUCUGCUUCUUUCGACCAAGUGCUUGCAGGCCUCAUUAGCAUCGUCUGUGGUGAUCGACGAAUCGGUGAGGCGACGCUUGGUCUCUGUGUCCGAUGGGAACGCACAUGUAGCUGGGUGCUGGGGUUGCUCCAAUGUAUGGAAUAGCUUGGGUUCGUCUGCCAGCACUUGCCAUUCCAGCCCAAACUUGUUGGCGUCAU